AUGGCCUAUAAAAGCGAAAGCGACAAUUCAACCGAUACUUCUCCGUCAUCGCCAAAGAACAUAUACAAAGAUCCAGAUGACGGGCGGCAACGGUUUUUGCUGGAAUUGGAGUUUGUUCAGUGCCUUGCCAAUCCUACCUACAUCCACUAUUUGGCUCAGAAUCGAUAUUUUGAGGAUGAAGCAUUCAUAGGAUACUUAAAGUAUCUUCAAUAUUGGCAGCGCCCUGAAUAUAUUAAAUUUAUUAUGUAUCCUCAUUGUCUCUAUUUUCUUGAGCUGCUUCAGAAUGCAAAUUUUCGCAAUGCAAUGGCACAUCCUAUCAAUAAGGAACUGGCACAUAGACAACAAUUCUACUUCUGGAAGAAUUAUAGGAACAAUCGGCUAAAACACAUUUUACCAAGAUCACUUCCUGAACCUAGUGCCACAUCUUCAGUUCCUGCUCCAGUUUCAACUCCAGCUCAGGCACCUGUAUCUGCAAUACCACCAGUACCUGCUACAAGCGUUGCUGUGACAGCAACACCUGCUCAAGCUCCUUCUCCUAUGCCAUAUGGGAUGGCCCCUGGCUCUGGUCUAGCCAAAAAUGACAUGAGGAAUCCUACAGCUGAUAAUAGAAGGAAGAGAAAGUGA